AUGAAAAUUGUAUUCUGCAUUGUUCACUUACUUUCACAGGUAAAAUAACCCCUUACUAAUUAUACAUUAUUCUGUCUAGUCUAGAAUUAGCCAUAUUCAAGUGUAAUUAAUAAAUUUUCUAUUUUUUUGAAAAGAAACCUUAAAUGAAAAAAUUUCGUUCUUUCCUUUUAACUUAUUUUUUGAUGUCCAAUACUAUGUAAUUGAAAACACUCUGUAUAUAACUUAUGUGAUGAUUAUUGUCCAAUGGCGUGCCUCCGUAUUAUUUUAAAAAUACACCUGCUAUAAACAAAUUCAUGCUAUUUUAUAAUAUCAUGUAAUCGAGUUGCGUAAUUGAAAAUUUGUUCAUUUUAGGUGACUUGGAUCAGGCGAAAAGACAGGCAACUAUUGACACUGGGUACAGGAACUCAUGUUAUCGAUACGCGAUUCAUGGUUGUGUCAAACAGUCCAGACUGGACUUUGUUGAUUAAAAACGUUAAACGCGAAGACGCUGGACUUUACGAGUGCCAGAUUCAAACGGAACCGGUUCAACAACGAUUUAUUCGUCUAAGCAUCACGGAGGCGUACUCUAUAAUUCCCGGAGGGCCGGAUCUUCAUGUCAAACAAGGAUCUAGCCUUCGACUGGAAUGUCAACUGAUAGCAUCGACUGAGGCACCAAGUUUCAUCUUUUGGUAUCGCGAGGGUCGCAUGAUCAAUUACGACGAUGAGCCAGGGGUGAAAGUUGAGGCUACGAAAAAUGGCUCGAUUUUUGUGGUUGACAAAGUGAAACUUUCUCACGGUGCUAAUUAUACUUGCUCACCCAGCAAUGCCAAGCCAGCAAAUAUCAUGAUACAUGUAAUCGAAGAAGAGGAAAAACCAGCAGCUAUGCACGGCGGUGAUCGGCGAAAUACUACGUCGAGAGCGUCCAUCAACGUCAUGUUGAUUUUUCUGACUUCCCUCGGUGUACGCAUCUCGAAUCAACUUCGUCUGCGGCAAACCUGCAUCACGUGACCAGCCUACUGUGUCAACUUUGUCACCGAAUUGAUGCCUGCCGCAAAAUUCCAAAUCAUUUCGAUUCCAUUUCCUUUUGCUUUACAGUGUUACUUGCGCUUGAGCGGCUGCCGUUUAAUUUUAUCGGUGAUUCGCUGAACAAAUUUGUUGAUUCAAUCCGAAAUUUCUUAGGUCACCCCUGAAAUCUUCGCUUCAAAUACUUAGUUGAUGUGACAUAUCCGUUGCAAAAUUUUUAUACAAUUUCAGGAAGCAAUUUGAUCAAUUUACG